AUGCAGGUAAGUCUGGUAUUAACAAUGAAGAAGCUUGGGUCUAAAGAUUUAAGAUCACUUUUCACGUAAAAUUUAUUUUACUUGACUCCAACACCUCAUGCCGGAGUUUAAAAAUGAUGACGUUUAAAAUUUUUGAAUCUCUUCUAGGUUGCGACAAAAGAAGAUUAUGACGACCCAGCUGAAGUGUUGCGAGUGGCCAGAUUGGCCGUUAAGGAGGCCAAUAACAGGGCCAUGCGUCUUCAAAAUGCGACAACGCAACAACUGGUACAACGAGUAAAAGAUCUGAAAUACUGGUCAAGUGAAAUUGAUAGGUAAGAUAAAAACAGAAGGAGCGAAAAUCUUCAGGGAAUUACAAGACUUGAAGGAUGACAACGAAGAUAUCGUUAGAUAUUUCCGGAAACUUUCUUCUUGCCAAGUAGUUACUCAAGAUGCCGUCAAAUGUAAUGAAGCUUGCUUCGCUGUGAGACGGAAGCGGAUUCACGUAAGUCACGAAUUAACGGCUGGCUUUAUUUGAAAUAAAACUUUCAGGUAGACAGCCAUGAUAGAGUAGAUUCUGCCUUAGGAAAAGAAAAAGAAGUUAUUCAUGAUUGUAUCAAACAGAUGAAGGAAUUUAAUGCAAUUGUCGAGAAACAACUCGAGAUCAACGACCGUAAGCUGUCAUUAUGCACUUAUUGUUGUGUUCAGAAUCAAAGAACCGCCUUCUAAGAGACUACACCCUAAAGCAAGAAGCCGUUAACUUGGAUCAUCGUGCCGCUGCCUUUGGAGCAGAUCGUAAGUUAACCGCAGUUCCACGAUUGGGAGGAAAAAGACAAGUGGGGAAACUGAGAAAUACUUUUUUCCUGCAUAUGUAUUAGUGUUAAAGGCAACGGAAAUACGAUGAACCUAACGUCCCUUGGUUGAGUUUGGCAGGUGGUGUACGUCACACUCCUUUUCGAACAGUCCCCUUCAUUUUAAAAAUAUUAAAACAAGGGUGACAUGUCGCGGUGGAAUUUUCUUCAGAAAUGAACAAAUAUGUAAUAUGUACGGUGUGAUUUUGAAGAGAUUUUUUAACGUAAAUUAAUGUAUAACAUGCCAACCCUUUUCUCACUUUCCAAAAUAAGGGGACUGUUCGAAAAGAAGGAGAGCUGUGGGCUCAAACCACACAAUACCGUAACUUCAAGUUCUGAUGAGCCUUGGCCACUUUUACAUACACAGGAUAAAAAUGUAUUUUUCAGUUUACCGAAUCGUCACUUCCCCCAAUUAACGACGUUACUAACAAGGGAAAGGUCUGAAUUUCCCCCAGUGUUUGACAAAAUGACUAGUACAGGUGGAUAGAGUAGGUCAACUUUGGUAAAAAGAGUCAUUUCCCCAGCCGACGAGAAAAAUCGACUGAAAGUUCCACAAAAAUUUCCUUUUCUCAUCACUCGGAAAAAAAGAGCAUCCCGGUGGUUCGGUUGGUCGGGUGGAUAAAGCGUCAGCUCGGUUUUCUGUUGGAGGUUGGUUCGAUUCCGGGGCAGCGCAAAGGACCGUAAUAAAAGUUUGAUUGGACAAGAUUAAUUCCUACAAACUGCCAUGUUUACACAUUUUUUUAAACUUUCGGUCGAUUUUUCUCGUCGGCUGGGAAAAUGGCUCUUUUUACCAAAGUUGACCUGCUAUAUCCACCUGUAUAGUACUAGUCAUUUUCCCAAACGCUGGGGGAACUGCAGACCAUUCCUUCGUAAGUUACCAAACUUAUUAUUUUUUUAAUUUCCGACAAAUUUUUACAAGUUUUUUAGCGCGGUAUGUGGGAAAGCGAGCUCAGCCAGGUGAAGUGGACUACAGAGAUACAGUCCCUCUUCAGAGGAUGAGUGAUUACCAGGAAUGGAUCGAGAACACAGCUGUCAAUUUGAAUAAUAGCUCAAAGGCCAGAGCUAAAUCAAGGAAAAUUGUGCAGAAAUUAAUUAAUUCGACUCGGGAGUUUGCGCAGGCAAUGAGACAAGAGGCCAUUAACGUCGAGAACACCCUCAAGGAUUCGAUUAGGAACUGGACCGAAUGGAGAGAUUCCCUCCAGGCUCAGGUAACUCAUCCUUUAAUUGUUGCGCAACAUCAUUUCUUUAGUUGAAAGACAAAGAUAAAGAAGUAAAAGUAGCAGAUGCAGCCAUCAACGAAAUCCAAUAUUCAUUACAAUUAAACGGAUCUCCUCUUCAAGUAAGUCAAAUCUAA